ACACAUGAAUGGAGAAAAUAUGUUAUUUAAUAUCACAAAUUUAAAAAUUGUGCAAAAUAAACCCUCAGUAUUUUGUAUGUAAUGUAUAUAUAGUCAAUUUUAACAGUUGGUGGCUUUUCAGGGAAGGAAAAAAAAUUGCAUUAUUUUGUGUGUUCUACCGUGACUGGUCUACUUCCUGUAUUACAUAUGUAAUUUAUUUAAAAUAAGGAACAUAACACUGCAGGCAGAUGGAUGCAUGACUGGCCGAGGAAUGUGUGGAGCGGGGGCGACCUGAAGCCCUGGUCACAGCGCUGUUCCCUGGUGCAGCGUCGAGAAUGGACGAGAACAGCUCAGUGGCGUGCCGCGGGCUGCGGACGGAGCGCACGGCGGUCGACCGGGAGCUGUGGGCGUGGUACUGCCGUGCGAGGGGCGGCGCGGCGCGAGGCGUGACCAGGAGCGCGCUGCAGAGGCACGCACGGCUGGCCUUCAGCCGCGCCGGCGUCCACGACUUCAAGGCUAGCGACGGGUGGUACCGCCGCUGGAUCAGCCGAUGGCAGAAGCGGGGUCCCGUGACCGCGAGCGACGUGCCGGGAGAUGCGGCAGAAGCGGUGGAACGCGAGGAGGUUGUGCAGCUCUCUGCGGAGAUGCCGGAGUCGGGCAGUGAUGGCAGGGGACGUACUGACGGAGGGGCAUCUCCCGGCUGGAGUGCCGCAACACCGCUUCAGGUAACAGGAGCACCGGGGAAGGAGGGGAGUACCGGUGAAGAUGCAGUGGCAGAACCAGAAGUCCGAGCCACGUUGUCAGACCCAUCUCGUGUCGCCGAGGAUUCGCCGCCAUCGAACGGCUUCUUGAACGGAAUUUUCAAGCAGAGUUGUCCGGCCGGAGAUGACGCUGUUGCGCCCGGCGGCGACCUCGCGGACGGGGGCCAGCGGGGGCAGCCCGGGCCGCGAGAGGGGGGCGAGGGUCCCAGGAGCCUCGGCGAGGACUCCCUGGACAUCAUGGACUACCUGACCCUCCACGUCACGGAGAGUUGCGACGGGUCGCAGUUCCCGGGAGGCGGCGACUGCAUGUCUCACUCCAACACCAUCGACCACAUCCUGGGCUGCGCGACGCCGUGCAAGGAUGGGGCCCGUGUGUCGGGGGACUGCGUCUCCCGGGGGGAGGCCUCGCCCGCCGCCGUAGCUGCGAGCCGGGACCCCGUCGCAGGAGACAAGAAGCUCAAAAAGAAGAAGAAGAAGAGAUUGCUGAGUAAGCCCCUGAAGAAGGGCGAACGCUACCUGCCCAGGUUCAAGGAGAAGGUGCUCACGUACGCAUCGACCCACACGCUCAAGGAAACAGCGCACAAGUUCAAGGUCAAGGAUUCCACAGUUUCUAUUUGGAAGAAGGACAAACUGCUGGUGAAUUCUGAAGCGCCAGGAGGGCGGGCACCCGCGCCCCGGGAGGGGGCAGGCUCCCCGGAGAGCGAGCAGCUCCUGACCUGGCUGCGGGCGUGCAGGGAGGCGGGCCACCAGGUGUCCCGGGAGGAGGUGAGGCAGAGGGCGGAGCGACUGGCCGCGCAGUGCGACGGGUCGGCACCCGGCCGCUGGCUCCUCAUGUGGGCGGACAGACUGCAGAAGCGGCCGAGUGACGAGGAGCUGGAGCUGAAGGUGACCUCGGACCACGAGAAGGAACGGCACAUACGAUACCCGACUGCCUUCAAGGUGGAAGUGGCCAAGUUCGCAGACUGCCACAGUCAAAACAGAGCGUCGGUGACAUUCAACAUCUCCAGGAAGAGGGUUUUCGAGUGGUUCAACCUCUUCAAGAAGAACCAGAAUGCGCCGGAGGGCGAGGCGCGGCGCGGCGCGGGCGGGCGGCCGCCGGCAGACGCGCAGGUGGACGCGGAGGUCUGGGCGUGGUUCCAGCAGCAGCGCCGGAGGCCCAGCUCGCUACAGGUUGGGCAGAAGGGGGCGGAGCUGUACCGGGCGCGCGGCCACGCCCACAUGCAGUGCUCGCACGGCUGGUACCGCCGCUGGAGGCAGCGCCACGCGGCAGGCACGGCGCCGCGCGACGAGGACGGGCCGCUGCUGGAGUGGGCGCUGACGCAGCUGGAGCGCGGCCGUGCGGUCUGCCUCUCCGACCUUCAGGCGCGCGCCGUGACGCUCCUGGCUGGCUCCAAGGCUGAGCACUUCAAGGCAUCGCGAGGCUGGGCCAUGCGGUUCUGCCGGGGCUACCCCGAGCUGCUGCGCCGCCGCCCCGCGCCGAGCUGCGCGCUGCCGCGCUGCCUGGCGCGCAAGGUGGGGGAGUUCCGGGCGAGCGUGCGGGGGCUGGGCCUGGGGCCUCACGCCCUGGGCUGCGUGGGAGAGCUGCACGUCUGGCUGCCGGCCGAGGGACCGGACUCCGCGACCCGCCCCCCCCUCCUCAGGCGGCCGGAGCGAAGCAACUGCUACGUCACGGUCGUGCUGGCGUGCCUGGCCGACGGCACUCUCCUGCCUGCCUUCGUCACGACCAUGGGGAACUCGGACGUGGUUUCGGACGAGCGAGGAGUGUUGGUCGUCCGGCAGCGGAACGCUCGCAUGGACGAGCGAAGCAUGAAGCUCUGGCUCGAGCAUGUGUGGUUCAAGAGCGUGACGUCGCCCAGCGCGCUGGUGAUGGACUGCCACGACGCGCACACGGGCCCAGCUGUGCGAGAGGCGUGCGCGGCGCGAGACACGCGCUGCCUGGUCAUGCCCGGGGGCUGCUCCUCCAGGCUGCAGCCGCUCGACGUGGCCGUGCGGGACCGCUUCCAGGAUGCGGUGGAGAGGCAGUGGGCGGCCGGGAGGGCACGGCCGGCGUGCUCCUGGGACGGAGGGAGCGCGCGGAAGCUGCCGGGACCCCUCGAGGUGGCACGGUGGGUCGCAGCAGCACACGAGCACGUCGCGACCACCAUGCAGGAGACCAUCAGGCGGAGCUUCCUAGUGACUGGUCUGAGUGUCGCAGCGGAUCACAGCGAGGAUCACUUCAUCGACAAUCUGCCCAUGGCUGCAGCCAGCAGCGAGCAGUUCUCUGUUCCCGUGCAGAGCGACAGUGUUGCCACUAAGGCACCGGGGCCGCAUGGCUAAUGUUGGAACAGUGACUAGAACGAGCAAAUAGGAAACUAUGCUGCCUGACUGUGUGAUCAGGUACUAUUAAGCCUCCAUUGGAAAUGAAGACAGCAUUAACCCCUUCGCAUGAGUGAAAUGCUUCAAGGGACAAAAAUACGGAAGCUUACUAACUCAGAAAACUUUUCUGUAAGGCAAUUCUCAUGUGUGAUACACUCAGUGUUUUAACAUGUCGGUUGGCAUUAGUACGUCACAUAAGCAAGCAAGUUUCGUUAAUCUUAAAUAUGUUUGCUCACAUUGCAUACGUUAAUGGACCAUUCUGAACUGCGUUAUGUAAUAUAUGACUGAUAAAAGUACAAAACUCAAGCAUUUUAACCAUGUUGUCUACUACAGUAGAACCCUGUUAUAAUGAAUCUGAAGGGAGUAGUUUGUAUGUUCACUAUAGAGGGGAAACUUUAUAUCUGGGAAAACUUUUAUAUUGGCAAUACAUACUCAAAAGCAAAAUCUUUACUACACAUAGGCCUAAGCCAAGAAAAGAACGAACGAAAAUACUCAAAGCAACAGUUUUAUUACAAAUGCAGAUAUUAUUUUUAAUGAACUACACAUGUACAAACUUUCUAUUACCUAAUGGUUCUUGGACAUCGGCGUAUUAUCCUUUUUUCAGGCAUUUAAUACUCUGUGACGUUUUUGCAGCUUGAGAAAGAAGAUUUUUCAGCUUGUUUAAUGGAUGUUGCAAUUCCCAGUUCCUUUGCUAUUAACAUGUGCGGGACAGUGGGGUUGGAGUCUACCUUGUAAUACUACGGUAUUAUCAGACUAACUGAAACUGUUUGUUAUUGUUUUACGUUCGAGGUUAAUACCGCUUCCCGGACUUUCGGCAGUGUUUUUUUUUUUGCUUCUUGCAUGGCGGCGCGCGCAGCUCGUGCUGCGUCGUCAUGACAACUGCUGAUAUAAAUAAUUGUGCGGCGUUUCGAACAGCUUCAACGAGCCUAUGCUUGUGUAAUAAUGACAUUUUAUUGGCUUAGUUAAAAAGGACGCUAACGUGUCGCGGCCGUGAUUGGCCCUUUUCAAGAAACAAUUUUAUUUAGGCAAGAGAGAAGAAAGAGAGUGGAAAAUGACGCCAUUUAGUGCGUGUUGAAGUGUAUUCCCUCGGGGAAUAUUUAUACGUGGCGAGGCUAAUUUCGGCUAUAUUGUUGUGAAAAAUACGUCAAAAUACAGGGCAAUAAUCAGUGAUGCCCUGAUAUUGAAUGCAGAAGGAUUGCAUUCAAUUUACGUGAGUGCCGACGUAUUUUCUGAACGACCUUAAUCGUUCAGAGUUAAGGUAUGGUCUGCAUCGUCUUUAUAUUGGGACGCUGACGUAAUUUUUACCGUCGACUUAUUUGGACAGUAUUAGUUUAAACUUUGAAUUAUCGUCAAAUUAAGUGAAUAUUGACUUUCGGCAAUUAUCGGCAAAAAUAUUUAAAAUUUCACAAUUUACUCGCACACGAGUUCAGAGGUCCAGAAGUUAGGAAUUUCAUGCUCGAGCAAGCCGGAGCAAACCCCAAGACUUUUUACUUUGUGAACACUUUCAGGAACUUAAAUAUUUUUAUUUCAUUUUUGUUUAAGAGUCAGGUUAUCUACAUCCCAUAGACUGGAUUUAAUAUUUGUUUGUUGGUUCCAUGACUUGAGGUUUUUCAUGCUAUGGUUAAUGCAAUAAAAUUAAUUAUUAAUAGUAUUAUUUUGUUGUUACCUGUGGAAUACCUCUGGCGCCCUAUGGUUAGUUCCUGCAAUAGCGUUCAUGAGUAAUUCUAAAAGAGAAACAUUAAUUUCUUCAAGUACACGUUUGUGUACAACCUUUUCAAUAAUGUCCAGUUUAUCUCGCACAGAUAAUGCCUUACGUUUUUUACCACGUUUUUCACCAUUUUUUAUGUACGUAUUUCUUAUUGAAGUACAUUUGCAGCUUAAUAACACGAAAUUCUUUUUACCGUAAAAAGUAAAUAAACAAAAAAUAAGUCUGGCGCAUCAAAGAUCACUACGUAUCAUUUAGUAUCGCAGUUGCUAAAGCUGGAACGAAAUUUUCUCAUUUUCUAUGGAAAAAAUUAGUCCACAGAGUUCUAUCUAGUGGUAGUCUUACGAACCUUACUCGAUAAGGUACCUGUACGAUAAAAAUGAGACGUAAAAAUAUUGAAUUUGCUGCUAUAAUGUACAUACGUAUUUGUGUGGCGGUAAUUUAUGUUUAAUUUUGAUAACAUAUUAAAAGUACACGCCUUCACCCAUUCUUUAACCAUGCAGGGAAAACUGUUUUUUAUUUUCACCAAACUGAUCACCAUUUUUGGCUACACGUAGCCUACCGAGGCCACUCAAAUACGACUUGUUUAUAAUAUGAACAGUGGACAAUCGAGUAGCGUAUUGCGGAGAAAAACUUCAAUAUGAUCCAGAAUAGACGUUUUGUGAAAAAACUUGUAAUUGUAUGAAAAUAUUUGAGAUAAAUGUGCAUGUCAGCAAAAUUUGUUCGUGGUACACGGGAAAACGUAUCAACAUUGACAAAAGUUGUGCGUUAUAUCCAAUAAAUUAAUACAUAACCUCACAUCAUUUUGCGGAGACGGAAAUUCACAAUAAACGGGAAUUGAUUACAUGCGGGUUCACUAUAAACGGGUUCUACUGUAAUUUGCAGACUUGAAAUACAUUUGUGUAUUACUAUUCUACGAAUUAAACAGGCAACUCAAUGUUUGUUGCAUAUUGCACUACCAGUUGUUAAAAUAAGCAUUAAAUUCUUUGUACACAACUAGAGGUUUAUUUGUAGUAACUUGUAUAUGUGAAUAUUCACUUUGGAAACAUAUAGAAUGUACAUAUUGUUCUACAUAAGUGGUAUUAAAAAUACUAAUUUAACAGGAGAUGCUAAUUUUUUAAGCCCCCUACUGAUUGUCAUGUUCUGUUUUAUGUUAUUAGAAGUCAACAGUAAAUUUAACAUUUCAGUUAUAACUGGAAUACGUAGUAAUUCCAGGCUGGAGGCAUAGAAUGCUUCCAGUUGAUCUCAGCUGCGACAGUGAUGAGGCAAUACAGUCGACAUUGACAGUACAGAGAGACAUCUUUGUUCUUGAUGACUGUUUGGGUACUAGGUACUAACAAGCUGCCAGUAUCUGACUAGUCCAGUAAUU